AUGGGAAACAGUGAAGAGAACAAGUCAUCCAAGUCUGAGAAACCCUCUUCCCCCAUUGCACCGGAUCAGACUAAUAGUAUUCAUGUGUAUCCUGAUUGGGCCACAAUGCAGGCAUACUAUGGACCCCGAGUUGCUGUACCGCCACCAUAUUACAACUCUGCUGUUGCAUCAGGUCAUCCUCCCCAUCCUUACAUGUGGGGACCGCCACAGGCUAUGGUACCACCUUAUGGGACACCUUAUGCUGCAUUGUAUGCUCCCGGGGGUGUUUAUGCUCAUCCUGGGGUUCCCUUGGGUUCACAUGCAAAUGGUCACGUGGUUUCACCAUCUCCUGCUACUGUGACUGAAGCUGUGACUGUGGUUCCUCUGAGCAUGGAAAUGCCUGCCAAGUCAUCAACGGCAAACACUGAUAAAAGUCUUAUAAAUAAGCUGAAAGGUUUCGAUGGGCUUGCAAUGUCAAUAGGCAAUGGAAACAAUGGUGACAGGGCUGAUGCAGGUGCUGACAAUGGUAUUUCACAAAGCGAGGAAACUGAAGGAUCAAGUGAUGGAAGCGAUGGCAACACAACUAAAGUGUGUCAAAAUAUUAAGAAAAGAAGCCGUGAGGGAACUCCCAAUGAUACAGACCGAGAAGGCAAGUCUGUGACACCAAAGAGCCCAAUUCACUCUGGGGAUUCAAAUGGAACUUCUUCCAAAGUAAUGAAUCUGGUAGUUACUCCCACAAGUGAUGCGGACAAAGUUAAUGGGGCUGUGCUUUCUCCUAAUAUGACCACAAUGCUUGAACUGAAGAAUCCAUCCGGUGGCGGCAAUUCGAAAGCAAGUCCAGCUGGUGAAGUCUGGAUGCAGAAUGAGCGUGAGCUAAAGCGGGAGAGAAGGAAGCAGUCAAACCGAGAAUCUGCACGGAGGUCAAGAUUGAGAAAACAGGCUGAGACUGAAGAACUUGCUAAGAAAGUGCAAGCACUGACUGCUGAGAACCUGACGCUUAAAUCUGAAAUCGACAAACUAACUCAGAGUUCGGAGCAACUCAAGCUUGAAAAUGCGACUAUGAUGGAGAAACUGAAGAGUGCAAGACUUGGGCAUGCUGCCGAUCUGAACUUAAACAAGUUCAAUGAGAUCCGUGUGCAACCUGUUAGUACUGCAAAUCUACUUGCUAGGGUAAACAACUCGGGACCCACAGAUAGAAGCGAGGAGGAGGGGCAUGGAUACGACAACUCGAAGAACACUAAUUCUGGGGCAAAGCUUCAUCAACUGCUCGAUGCUAGCCCUCGAACUGAUGCCGUGGCUGCUGGUUAA